ACGAGAUUCUUUACCCCUCUUCUUUUUGUCUUUGCUCGGAAGAUCAAACUUCAAAAAUGGAUAAUAUACAUGCCAUUUACGCUCGAUUGGUUUCCACCAGUCAUUCAACAGGUUGUUAGCUUGGUUGGUUUUUGUGCUUCAAAUUUCAGUUCUUAUCAAUUGCUGAGAACAUAUUUUAACUUCUUCGCUUAAUUCAUAAUUUUUUUCAUCGGCAAAAUUUAAACGAUAUUGCAAAACAAAAUAGCUUCUCAAGACCUUCCAUCAAGGAGCGCAUCAUUAUGGGUAAUACCCUUCUAAGUCUAUUCAAACGUUGGUUUGGAAAACAAGAUAUUCGUAUUUUAAUGGUGGGCCUCGAUGCAGCGGGGAAAACUACAAUAUUAUAUCAACUUAAACUAAAGGAACCUAUAUCAAACACGAUGCCAACAAUCGGCUUUAACGUGGAGAGUGUGGAGUACAAAAAUAUUAAUUUUACAGUAUGGGACAUCGGCGGACAGGACAAAAUCCGAGCUUUAUGGAGAUUGUAUUUCCAACAGACUGAAGGACUUAUAUUCGUCGUAGAUAGUAAUGACACUGAUAGAAUUCAGGAAGCUAAAUCAGAAUUGUUUUGUUUGCUUAAAGAAGAAGAGCUACGUAGAGCAGUUCUACUAGUAUUUGCAAAUAAACAAGAUCUUCCACUAGCAAUGGGUACUACACAAUUAGGAGAGAAACUGGGUUUACAUACUCUGUGCGGGAGGAAAUGGUAUAUACAGGCGACCUGCGCUACGAAAGGCACAGGAAUAUACGAAGGGCUGGAUUGGUUAUCAAAACAGAUUCGAAACAGGAAUUGUUGAUUCUCAUAUAUACAUCAUGCAGAGGUUAAAGGACCAGUUUUCAACGUCUUGUUCAUUAUCUUGAUAUUUUCCUGUACUUAUAGUGAUGAAGUUUUACUGCAGGAAUCUGUGCACGCACACACGAAUAAUUCAAUAAUACAGUGCAUGUUAUCAGACAUGGAACCGCGUGGUUAAAAAACUAAGACCAGUGAUUUCAAAUAAACAGCCAGGUUAA